AAAUGGCCCAAUCUUCCCAAACGACCCAGUCCAUUUCGAACUGGGUCGACCCAAUCCAUACCAAAAGACCCCAAACCCCAUUUUCUUUCAUUUUUCAUAAAAAAACAAAACAAAACAAAACAAAAAAAAAUAAACCAAAAAAACCGAAGACUACCCGCACCCCCCCUCUUCUUCUUCCUCUCUUUCUCUCUUCUUCUCCAAAGAGCUCAAAGCCCCUCCCAUGGCUGCCCCUCUCCCGUUCCCUUCAUCCCCACGCCACACACACAACCACGUCGACAACACACAUACACACAACCACGGCGACGUAACACACACACACACACCCGCUGCCCGUGUUUCUUCUUCUUCAAGAUCGUGAUGGUUUCUUCUUCUUCAAGUUCAUGUCGCUUGUUGUUUCUUCUUCCUCGACACAUGUUGCCCGCCAUGGCUGCGUCUACUGCUCUUUAAAAUGAUCAAAAGAUCCCAUCACUGCUGUUCGCCAUGGCUGCGUCUCCAAGCUCUUCAAACGAGCACAAGAUCCCAUCGUAUUGUUGCCCGUUGUUUCUUCUUCUUCGCUCGUCGCUACUGCUGCUUCUCCUUCUUCAUCCGUCGAGUUGUUCCAGCCAUGGCUGCUGCCCAGUGCUACUAUUUCUCCUCCAUGUUUCACGUCGUCGCUGGCCUUCUCCGCUCGUCGUUGCUACUGUCUUCUUCUUCAGAUCGUCACCUGUUUGUUGCUUCUUCUUCUCCGACGCUGCUGCUACGUUUCUCCAUUGUCUCGUGCUACUGCCAUGCUUCCUUCUUCGUCCUCUUCCAAACAACCAAACUACUUUCCGUUCGAGUUCGUCGUCGCUUCGAUCCGGUACACUACUCUGAAUCAUUUCAACAUAUGUAUUGAAGAUGAAAUGAAAUGACCGGAAGAUUUAAGUUUUUUUUUAAUUAUAGAAUAUUC